AUGCCUGCGAGUAGAUUGGACUUUGGGAGUGUCGGUGGGGAGAGGGAGAGCGACAGAAGGAAGGAUGGUAGCAGAGGUGCUAGUGGUGAUGGUGGUGGGGGUUCUGGCGGUGGGGCUAGUGGUGAUGGGGGUACUGUCAGUGGAUUCAGCUGUGGCAGCAAUGAGGGCGGUGCUGCCAGAGAGCUAGACAUUUCAAUUACAGCGCAAGACAUUCCAGAAAAUGCUGUCUUGACAUCCGCAGGCCAAGGCACUGAACAGUUCCCUCCACCUCCUCCCAUCCCUUCAGCGUCUUCCUCUCAUCCUCCCCCUUGUGUUCUAUCGCCUGUUCCUGAAGCAGAAGUCCCCAUCUCCCCUGACUCUGCUCCACCUUCCGCCACCGCUACAGUAGCUAGAACCAAGUCAUCACCAUCCCCUUCCACGUCAUCAGCAUUCCCUUCCACAUCAUCACUCUCCAAUGACAGCUCAUCCAUAGCACCUGCUGCCCACAGCAGGACCCUACAUCUGCCCUCCCUCCGUCCCCCUCCCAACUCAGCAGCAGAAGAUUCCCUGGAAGAGCCGUUCAAUGCACCUGCCCCAGAUCUACCUUCCCCAGUAACACCCUCCCCUCGCACUGCCGGCUCACACAGUACCGCCCUGUGGUCGCCCCACACCCCCAGGGACUUCGAAUCUUCCCUCAGCUCCUCCCCCCAGGCGGCCCCCCUUUCCCCUCGAGCACCCCCCUCUGCUGAAACCUCUCCCUGUAACAGGUCACUUUCUAAUGAAUCACCUUCUAAAGCGUCACCCUCCACUCCUCCCUCUAACAGGUUUCCUCCUUGCGAGAGGUUCUUGAGUGCUGUCAAGUCCCACUCUUCCUCCUCCUUUCCUCCGUCUCCUAGCGAGGAGUCGUACUCUCAGCAUGUGAUGAGGCGGAUAUCACCUCCCCCAGUCAUGCCUCCCUCUGCUGCAGGGCCAGCUUACGGCUAUGCCUCUCGCACUGACUGCUCUCCUACCGAUGCUGAUGCUGAUGCUAGUGCUGAUGUUGCUGCUGCUGCUGAUGCUGGUUCGGCUGCAGAGGGCAAUGGCGAUAGCGGUGGUGGUGGUGGUGGUGGUGAUGGUUGUGGUGGCGGUAGUGGUGUGGGUGGCAGUAUCCGCGGAGUGAGGAAGUCAGCGCAGGGGGACGAGGAGCUGAGGGAGCAGGUGCAGCGGUGGGACGGCAUGAUGCGGGAGGAGGCAGGGCAGAUUUGCAGGGCGGCUACGGUGCCGUUUGUGACCGGGUUCAUGGAGGCGAGUGGUGGAGGGGGCGCACACAGCCUGGUGGAUGCUUAUGAGUUGAAGGGGGACGAGGAGCUGAGGGAGCAGGUGCAGCAGUGGGACGGCAUGAUGCGGGAGGAGGCAGGGCGGAUUUGCAGGGCAGCUGCUGUGCCGUUUGUGACCGGGUUCAUGGAGGCGAGUGGAGGGGGCGGGGCACACAGCCUGGUUGACGCUUAUGAGCUCAAGGGUUCAUGGAGGCGAGUGGAGGGGUUGGUGCUCACAGCCUGGUGGAUGCCUAUGAGCUCAAGGCGUGCUCCCCGUUUCUCUCUUUCUCCCUUCUACCCCUCCUCCCUCUCCCAGGUUCGCCUGCACCUCCUCUUGGAGCGCUGGGGUCUCGUCCAAGACUCCAUGGCGACUGAACGCCCCUUGCUGGUCCUCCCCCACCUGGGCUCCGCCAUUGCUGCUCUCUAA